AUGAAACGCGUCCAUUCCAUCGGUCUUGUCUCCCCAGAACCGUCCUACUCGACUCCGCCCAUUAAACUAUCGAAAACUGAUUUCGAGAACGAGAAUCCCCUUCUAGAAGUGAAAAACGAGGAGGAUGAGCUCAUCCAAUCGGGUUCUGAGUCCAUUCCAUCUCCGACGACAUCUUCUUCCUCAAAUUCUGCUCCAGAUGCAAAUGUAGACGUCACCGGGGAAUUGGUGGUCGAACCCAUUGCUCAGGUUAUUAUGCCGAAGUUGGUUGAGGUAAAAUGCGGCAACCUCAUUGGUGUCCUUCACACGGAGCUCUUCAUCUGCCCUGGCAUCCGGGAGGCUUGUAUCGAGAUUCCCGACUUCCCGCACUUCCUAACCCCUGUCGAAUUCACUAUUAAAGCUGAAAAAAGUAAGCAAAAGGACUGGAAAGGAGCCAUCAAGCACAAUGGGAAGAUGUUACGAACCCUGAUGGAAUUCAAGCAACUCGAUUUCUACAACCACCACACUACAUGCUCCUUUAAAUGUCACUCCCGUAACUAUAUCACAAAAAACGGAGGGACGUUGCCUCGCCCCACCCAUCGACCUGCCAAAGAGCCCAAAGAGCCCAGAAGACACUCUUCGGCACCCCACACGAAAGAGCAACAGACGGCAGUGAUGACUCAGUUGUUACAAGGAGAACUCAUGAAAAAUCCGACGAUUUUGGCGGCGUUCGCCGCCCAUUGUAACGCUGAGAAUCAGAAGAGAAAGGAGGAGGCGGAGAGGAAGCUGGCGGAGAAGCAGACGGCGAUUAGGAAUUUGAUAGAUAAUGACCCCACGCAAUUCUGGACCCAAACGAUGCAUUCCAAGAUGUCCACUUUCGUCCUCACUAAAAUCUCCCGAGAAUUCGGAAUCCUCGCUCAGAAUCUGUGUCGAGGAGUGGAUUUCGAGACGAGCGCCUCGAAAAUGGCUCAGGUGAUCCGGAUUCUUGGAAUAUCUGAAUCGAUGAGUAGAGAGAUGUGUGGAGAGUUUGUGAUGCCCUCGUCAACGACUGGAACAGUGGCAGGACCGACCGUUUUUGACCCCGCCCUCCGCAAAGAGAACACCACCAACACAGCCGCCUCCUCCUCCCAAAUGCCCGAAGAAAUCCAUCCGAUUCUUCCGAUUCAGAAUCCGCCAAUGUUUAAUUUAAACAAUAAUAAUAUUACAAGUUUGAGCUCUUCUGAAAAAUUGGAGUUAAUGUUGAAACAGAUUAUUUGA